UCCUUGUUUUCUGAUUCUGGAAAUCUCCGAUUUUUUGGUCUCUUUAGUUACCUCAAUCUUUUCAGUGCUGAUCCUUGGUGCACAUUUCACGAUCUCUCGAGUGAUUGCAGAGAGGGAACUGGAAACUACCAAAGGCACUCGCCAAAGAGGGAGAGAGUACCUGGGGAAAACCAUUUCAAUAUGGCGGACGAACUAAAGGUUGGAUUUGUCGGAGGCGGAUCUAUGGCAAAAGCAUUAGCCAAAGGAUUUAUAACGACAAACACCGUCAGAGCAAGUAACAUUAUCGCUAGUGCAACCACGGAAAAAACACUGGCUGUCUGGAAGGAUAUGGGCUGUCAGACAACACUGAAUAAUAAGGAAGUUGUUGAAAAUUCAAAUGUGGUGUUUUUAGCGGUAAAACCUUACUUAAUAGCUCCUGUUGCAAAAGAGAUCAAGUCUUCCAUUGACACAUCUAGACACCUUGUUGUGUCAGUAGCUGCGGCCAUUACCACAGAUGUGAUCGAGGAGAGUUUACCACCAAACACUCGUGUCAUUCGAGCAAACCCAAAUUUGGCCUGUUCUGUGCAGUGUGGUGCUUUGGCAUUCUGUAAAGGAAGGUGCACAUCGGCAGCAGAUGUACAACUGAUAAAAAUACUUCUUCAAACUAGUGGUAUGUGUGUGCAGGUGAAAGAAUCUCAGAUGAAUGCAAUUACUGCUGUGGGUGGAAGUGCCCUGGCUUUUUUCUUCCUUGCCAUUGAGGCAAUGAGUGAUGGAGGUGUGAGGGUGGGUUUACCAAGAGCUUUGUCAACGGAUCUGGCCACUCAGACUGUUCUCGGAGCAGCACGGCUGGUACAGGAAACAGGAAAACAUCCAGCUCAGUUUUCUUUUAAAGAACGUCUAAUUCUGGGGCUAUGGCCUAACGUUCUUAUUUGCUUUUUCGAUUUGAGCCUGGAAACGUUCUUAACAUUUUCUUAAAGUUGUGUGGUAAUAAAUCAGUUUGGACGUGACCAGUCUGGGUUCGACUACAAACUGAAUUGUUCUUUAGUGUAUAACCGCGCUGUCAUAGAUCACCAAAUGCAAGUAUUUGAGUAAAUUGUCCUCUUAGAUCACA